CAAUGAUUGAGUGUAAAGAUCGCCAUUGACUAACCAAGAGAGAAGAAGAACAGAGCACAAAGACGAAGGAAUGGCGAUUACUGGUGUGUCCUUUUCAAGGCUUUGUAGCAAGCUUCCUGGGUCACUGUUGACCUACUCCCUCUUGUGUGUGUUCGGUGUGGGCUCUUGGGUGGCUGUGAACGGAUUAUGGGCUGAGAUAUCCAUCCUCACACGCACACUGCCAGAGUGCAACUGUCUACCUGCUGUUCUGGUGGUAGUCAUUCAACUGGCCAACAUUGGACCUCUCCUAUACACAGUCACCAAUCUCUAUGUGCAGAAACGAGGCUACUCUGUGUAUCGAUUAGAAGUGAUAGUUGUGUUUGUGUUGGUGACGGUUGGCCUGCUCUCAUGUGUAGCCUUGGCCGUGUUCUGGGACAGAGUAACGUUGGUAGGAGGCUCUGAACACAGCGUGAGUCUCAUUGUCAUAUCAUUGUUCCUAGCAUCCGUCGAUUGCACCUCUUCUGUUGUAUUUCUGCCGUUCCUGAAGCACUUUCCCUCUCAGUAUGUGUCAGCCCUGUACAUUGGUGAGGGCCUCAGUGGAGUGUUGCCUAGUCUAACAGCAUUGUCUCAAGGAUUUGCCAACAGCUCGUCUUGUAGCACAGAUCCAUCAGAACUUGGUCUCAACUUUAGUCCGAAUGUGUUCUUUGCUUUGUUGGCUUCACUCAUGUUAUUGUGUGGUAUAGCGUUCCUCCUGCUCAACACCUUGCCUCAAGUGAGAGCCAUCAUGACUGCCAACCCUUCUAUCAACACAUCCACGAUAAUAACAGAGGAACAAGUAACACUAGUCAAUACACAACUACCAAAGCGUAGAGGACUACUAAUGACGUGUGUAUCUGUACUACGAGCUCAUGUCACGAUCUACUUCUGUCUGGGUCUUAUCAACUUCCUAACGAAUGGAGCACUGAGUGCCAUCUCUGCCUUUGCAUUAUCCCCCUAUGGCAAUGAAGUGUAUCAUACAGCUAUCAACCUGGCCUUAUUGGCCACCCCAAUCCUGAGUGCAGUCUACCUGCUGCUACCUCACAAGUCCCCUGUGUUCACGGCUGUUCUGACUAGUCUAGCAACUCUACUGGGAGUGUACAUAUUGAUGGCUGCUCUAAUGGACCCCCCUCCAUUACACAAUCUCGUUGUAGGAAAGGUGCUCAUUGUGUGUGUGAACGUGAGCAUCUCUGGACUAGUAGCUUAUGCUAAAGUUGGUGCUGUGGUGCAACUACACACAAGACAAGACAAUAGGGACGUUGCCUUAUUACUAGCUGGACUUAUCACUCAACUCGGUUCACUAUUAGGAGCUGUGCUUUUCUUUGUGCUAGUUUAUUUCACCAACAUUUUCCCACCCUGUACUUAAUUAAUUAUGUAUUUUUAUAGCCAUCACUUUAUAUAAUUGGCGUUCCAUUUUUUUUA